GAGCAAAAACGCUCGUCCCGUCCGUCUCCUGCUGACGCCUUAUCCCCCGCGGCGAAACAAGCAAAACCCGCCCCAGCCUUUCGAAUUAUGGCAGCCGCGGCCGGAGCUGCAUCGGCCGCCGCUGCACCAGCCACCAGUCAAGACCCCAUGAACGCGCUCCGAGCUGCCGCCCUCCGCCGCUCCGCGCCGCACUGGUGCGCUGCCGCUGCCGCUGCCGCCUCCUUCUUUUCCCCGCCCUUCCGACCCCGCCGCUGCCGCUUCCGCCGCGCGCCCGCUCCCGUAGCAGCCGCGCGUACCCCGAGGUCCCGCGCGAGUGCCAAGGCCCGGGCGAAGCUCCUGGCGGAGGCGGAGCCUAGGGACCCCUGGCUCGCCUCCCUCUCGCUGCUCCCGACCGACGAUGGCGCCGCCGCCGCCGCCGCCGCCGCCGCCGCCCCCACUGGGUGGGCGAUUGGGGUGGAUCCUGACACUGGAGGCGCUAUAGCCGUCCUUUCGCCUGACGGCUCCUCUCAGGUGUUUGACAACCCGUUUGUGCACAUUGUGGUCUCGGAGGUCAUCCGGAAGCGCCUGGACACAAAGUCCAUCAUCCAACUGCUACGCGGCCUCAAAGCGCCUCCUGGAACUACGGCAUACAUUGAGAAGUCAAGUCCAUUUCCAACUGAUGGAAAGCUGGGAUGGUGGAGCACGGGUUUUUCAUAUGGCUUGUGGAUUGCUUCUCUGGUGUCAUCUGGGUUUUCAGUUGUUCCAGUUGCAUCGCAAACAUGGAAGGCUUACUUUGGGCUAUCUCGAAGUGAAUCACCAAAGGAUGAUAGCAGGCAAGCUGCAUCAAUCUUGUUCCCUGACAAGGUUCUAUCCCUGAAGUUGAAAAAACAUCACGGCCGAGCUGAGGCCCUUCUGUUAGCGGCCUACGGGAAAGGCCUUAUGCUACCAUCAGGGAAGUUCAGCAAAACCCCAACUUGACAUUGAUGGUAGUUGCCGAUUGACUUGUCAAUUUUAUAUAUUGACGUUACUGCAAAUAAUUUGGUUCGCGUAGGAGGUUUCAUCAAGCACAUAAUGUAUCAAGUCAGCAAAACUGGAACAUAGAUCAUGCCUGCCCCAUUUGGCUUUCUUGGAAUGCAAGAGAUGUACCACUGUGCUUUGAGUGUUAUCAGGCUAGUGUAGAUGAGACACCAAUGUUGUAAACAUGUACCAAUUCGAAGUGGUCACUUCUCGUUUCGUUAGCUUGAUAUGGCUGGCAAUCUUGCACUUAUUUUGCUAGAUGAACAAAGGUAGCAAUUUGGCACCUUAAUGUAUGUCACAGUCAGGGUAGCACUUCUCUGCUUA